AUGUCGGACCCGUACCAGAUCCCGCCAUCGGCCUUCCAGGACGACCCGACGUCGAACCUGUCGGGCUUCAACCUGCGGCGGUCCUCAUAUGCCUCUGUCGCGUCAGGUCCGGGCAGCUUUGCGCGGUCCGGUGCCAAUUUUGCCCAGCUGUUGAAUCCGACCAGCAGCGUGACCGUUGACGGAUCCGACGGCAGCGGCAACGGUGCCAGCAACAUCAACAGCUCCAGCAGCCUGCGGGGUCCAUAUGGAGCCGAUACAGAGGGGCGUGGUUCCUUUGAGGCCUCGGGUGGCGGCCUGUACCAGAUUCUGGGAACCCGCAACACGCAGCUGCCGUCGUUCUCGCAUGCCUUUGAGCACCUGCUGUGCGCCCCGCCCUUUGAGACGUACACGACGGCAAGUAUGGCGUUCGACGUGGUGGAGAAGAGCCCAGGCACGGCCCUGUUGGACGACGACGAGGCGAUGACGCCGCUGCCGUCGCGCUGGGACAAGAAGGACAAGCCGCAGUCGGGGCUGGAAGUGCUCUCGGGCGGUCUGGACGUCAAGUACAUGGCCUCGUCGCUCAAGGGUACGGGCGACCGCGAGCAGGACCUCUGCUCCAUCCGUGCCGACCACUACAUGCCACCGCAGUGCGGCAUAUACUACUUUGAGGUGACCGUGCUGGGCAAGCACAAGGGAGAGUCGACGGUUGGGAUCGGCUUCUCGGACGCCUCGGCGUCGUUGACACGGCAGCCGGGAUGGGAGCCAAAGUCAUGGGGAUACCACAGCGACGACGGAAACAUAUUUUAUGCGAACAGCCAGGGGAAGUCGUAUGGGCCACCAUUUGGGCCUGGCGAUGUCGUCGGCUGUGGCGUGAACUUCCGGACGGGGGCUGCCUUUUACACGAAAAACGGCGAAAAUCAGGGUGUGGCCUUUCCAGAUAUCAGGGGAAGCAAUCUGAAGCUCUUCCCCACUGUCGGUCUGAAGAAGUCGGGCGAGCACAUUCGCGUCAACUUUGGCCAGUCGCCUUUCACCUUUGAUAUCGACGGCAUGAUGAAGGAGGAACGAAACCUCAUCGAUGCUCAGAUAAGAAACACAGGUACAAAGGGUCUUGCACCACAUCUGGGCGAGACGGAGCUUAUUCAACAAUUGGUUCUGCAAUUCCUGCAACAUGAUGGCUACGUUGAAACAGCGCGAGCGUUUGCCGAUGAAAUCCGGGAGGAGAAGGCGUCUCUGAACUUGAAUCCUGCCAACGUGGUGAAAGGAAUCAGCAUUACUGAUGACGAGGAUGCCAACAACCGUCAACGAAUCCGAAGAGCGAUCUUGGAAGGUGACAUUGACCGGGCUCUCAAGCUGACCAAGUUCUACUACCCCCAUGUGCUCGAGGCCAAUGAACAGGUGUACUUCCGGCUGCGAUGCAGGAAGUUUGUGGAGAUGAUCCGCAAAGAGGCCGAGCUGAACCUGGUGGGCAGAAGCAGCAGCAGCAACGGCGGCAUCAGCACUGCCAGCGCGGUCGUGAGCGGCAGCGGCAAGCAGAGCAACGGCCGUGGCCGCACAGACAGCCACCUUUCGCAGCAGGACAUGGACAUUGACGAUAUCGACAUGGUCGAGGACGGCACAGACGGGCUGCCGCCGAGUCAGUCAGUAGUAGACGAGGCCAUUGCGUAUGGCCAGGCGCUGCAAUCGGAAUACAUUAAUGAUGCGCGAAGCGAGAUUCGCAGUGCUCUGGGCGAGAUCUUUUCGCUGCUGGCCUACACCAACCCGCUCAAGGAAAAGGGGGUGGCACAUCUCUUGGACCAGCGGGGACGCGUUGCUGUUGCCGAGGAGCUGAACUCGGCGAUAUUGCAAUCUCUCGGCAAGUCAUCGCGUGCUGCUCUGGAGAACCUGUAUGCCCAGACCAGCGUUCUGCUGGAAGACAUCCGCCAAGACGGCGGGCCGGGAUCGUUUGUCACCAUCCAGGGAGUUGUCGACCGGAUCCCGUCCUCAUCCAACUACUGA